AUGUCAGACAACAUAAGCCGCAUCAUUUCGCCCGAGUAUGCCGGACCAGCAUUCUACGCCUCUCCAUCAGCGUCCUCCUUGCCCAUCCCCGAGUUUAGCAAGCGCUCUUCAACCGCCCUCGGUGUAAGCACACAACUCAGCCUCGGAGCACGAAAGUCUCCUCUAGAUGCCAUUACUCACAUCGAGCAGGCUUCAUCCGAUUCAGAUCAAUCAAGCAAAUCCAGUACCAGAAGCAAAUCCGUUUCCUUCACCUCAGACACCAAAUCCAAUGACGGCAAAAGAGCCAUAUCGGCUACCAAGGAGCAAGACAAGUCCAUCGACAUGGUUAGGGGCAAUUCAUCCAGUUGUUCGAUUAGUUCAUGUCUGACUCACCAUACCCAGAAAUUCAAGACUGCACUCGCGGCAUCCGCCCAACGAAGUGCAGCAUUCGAGAAGCUUGCCAAGCGAGUCGGAGAAGACAACGAAGCUCAAGCGAAACGUGAGACAGCACAGCACCAGGCAUCAGAGAUCCUCGAGCUCCGACAACGUCAACAAGUCAUCAUCGACCGCAUCAUGCGAAGAUCCGCCAAGGUUACCUUCCGAUAUACACCCCAGGAGAUAAUUGACAUCCGAAACCAGAAGCCCACUAUUCCCGCCAAUGUGCAGCGCCAGGCACAAGAAAUGCAGCAGAUGUGGAUGAACCAACAAAUCCGAACAAUUUCGCAGCAGGCGGCAGAGCAUCUGGUGAUGCUAGAGCGAAGUACAAAUCACCUGCUGCAGCCCGCGACCACAAGGCUAGAACAAAAUCUAGCCAAACAACAGGAGAUCUUGCAGCAAAGGCUCGACGAAAUCAACGAGGAGAUCAAACGAGAGGAAGGAAACCUAGCCGACGACGAACUAGGCCUGACCAGCAGCAGCGAUGAAACUACCCUGAUUGACACCGUGAUAGACAGGGACGAGUAUCAAUACCAGGAGGUUAUCCUCCCCAGCAAUCACAGGCUCGCCGCGAAUUCUCUGGAGACCAUUUUCGAGGAGUCUGAGGAGACUGCAGUCGAAGAUAGUAAUGAGGCUGACCAGAAGGCGCCGGAGAUUGAGCAGACCGGGAAGGCUGAAGAAGAAGCCGAGGACUUUGACGAGUUUGAGGAACUUGAGGACGAGGGCUACUAUUCGAUAGAGGAGAUGGUGGAAGAACAGGAGGAUGAGGCUUACUUCUCUAUGGAAGAGUAG